AUGGCCAAAGCAGGCGUAGUGAACAGCAACCUUUUGAACAAGGAGGAAAUAAAUAGUCUAAUAAGCGAAAUUGAGUUCCUUCCGUACAGUAACGUCGUUAAAGCCAUCGAAUAUAGCGAACCAUCAAUCUACUCGAAUGGCACACUUCUCCUUUACGUGCUGUCAAUGCCGAAGGUGGAUCAAACGGGGUUUAAUCACUUAAUCACACGAUCUGUUUUGAAGGAUGGCCAUCGAGUUGACCUGAAGUACAGGACGAUACUGAUGAAUAAGCAACUGACAUACGGCAUAAAAAAUAGCUGUCUCCACCUAGCCACAGCCAUGGUAUGCAAACAGGAAGCCCUAGAUUUGUUGGCCGAAGAGGAAUGUCUACCACGUCUCCUAAAGGGUGGACAAACCAGUUGCCGCUACGAGAUCGGUAUGGAUACUACUAUAGAGGUGCUCAAGGAGGACACUAUAUUCCUAGAUAACUUCAACGGCAGUAUAUGGUCAGGUGGAAUACCCAAACAUCUAUCUGGCUCUUAUAUCCUGCAGAUGGAAAACGAGACUAUUACGAUAAACAACCAAUCCUACUGGAGUACGAGCAGCUCAGGCGUGCAAGUGCUUCCACCCGUGCUGUCCACCAUAACGAAUAGAAGCCUGGCGCUGAAUCUCAAUCUCGUCCAUGAAAUGACCUCCGGAAACAUACGACUUUUGGGGCAGUUGAAAGAUAAGACUAACUGGUUUGCAAUGUCUGAAGCCCUUGGCCUUGUUUUGUUGAUGGUGUUCGUUUUGCUGAUUUGGAGGAAGCUAACAGGAGGAGCAAAAUUUCCCGAGGUUAAAUUGUCUAUACUGCAUCGGAAUCCUCGUCAUUCAAAUGAGAAGGACGCCCCUGCAAAUAAGGAUCUGCGGGACGCAGACUUUUAG